AUGCAUAGAUAUAAUCUACUAACAAAUGAGGCCGAAGAAGGCGAUUCAGAGAGGCCGCUUCCAAAUUCCUUGCUAUCAUUUAGAUGGGGAUUGGCGGUAUCAGCUCGUGCUCAUCACCUGCUCAUCACUGUUGGUAUCGUUGCUGCUGUAUCGACAGGAUUCAUUGCUGGUAUCUUAUUUCCGAUGAGUGUAAACCAAUUGCAGGAGGACAGUGUGUCGGGGGAUACGGCAGCACGUAUACCGCUUCCAAUUGUUGAGCAGGCAUUUACCUAUUCAUCUCCAUUUUCUCAGGAGCCCUCAAAGGCUGAGGGAUCUGAAGUGAUGUCGGAACCGAUUUGGGAUGCGUUGAUACCGAAUGGGCUUGGCUACUUUAGGGAUGGUUAUAUUGCCCCCCAGCCAUGCAUACCCACCGUAUUCCACCAGCUGCAUUGUCUAUAUAUUCUGCGACGCGCUUACUACUCACAAUCCGACGCUCUCCAAGAAUUCGAUUUUGGGAAGAACCGGACUCGCCAUGCAGCGCAUUGCUUCGAUUAUCUUUUGCAGAGCUUGACGUGUUCGGCUGAUUCCACUGUCGAGCCGGCCCUAGGCGGGGAGCAUGAAUUCUUGGGAAGCGGGUUUCAGCGCCAGUGUCGCGAUUUUACUACUUUGAAGGAGUUUGUAGAGAAGUGGAGGGUGUUUAAUGCCAGUGGCUUUUUAGCAGUCGGCCUAGACCACGGGCAUGCCCAUAUUCAGAGUACACCGUAAUACAAAGGAUUAAAGAGUAGGAGUAUAUGAGGCAAUGAAAAGGGGAGACUUGGUGGGAGUGAUGUUCUUAUCAAGAAU